CAUGACUCACGUAAAACCCUAACCCUAAUGAACUAUUCCCAGCCGCCACCUUACCAUUCCAUAUCCUCCAGCCGCCACCCACCCUUAUGCCUCCCUCACCGGCGCAACACCUCUGGCAGUCACCGCAGCAUCUUAGCCCACCGAUGUCGCCGACCCAAGCCAAUCGUCGGCAUUUCAGCCGACAGCAAGGAAGAGCGCCACGAUGAGGGUGAACUCGUGGGCCGCCGAGAUCGUCAAGCAUGGUCGCUGCCUCGCCAUUGGAUGUCGCCGCCACUGUGCUGCUACCGGAGACAUGGUGUGUAGCUCGCACGGCCGCCGGAGGCCGACGAACGGAUCUUGUUCGCUGUUGUGUGGUCGUGAGUGAUCGGAAAUCUCCGGCCAGGAAACGGAAGGGACUCAUCACCGCCACCUGCUGCCGCCGUUCCACCACCUGCUAUCGUCGCUCCGCCAUUGUUAACCAUGAUCUCGGGUGGCUGUGGGCUUUCGGGACCCACAUUUUGGACCAUUGGAGUGAAGAUAUGACUCAAGCCCGAUUUCAUUGUAUGUUUGGACUUAAUGGAUUAAGUCCUUAA